CAAACCCAGGGGGUGACAUCAAUGAGAGACUUUUGAAAAAAUAAACUAUCACUGGGUUUCUCAAUGCCUCUAGGCUUUAGUUGCCCUGUCCUUUAUUCAGCUCUCCACUGUGAAAGAAUGUGAUCACGCAACAGGACAACAGUGGUCAGUUGUUACUCAAAGUCUCAACAUUUCCCUUUUUCUUUACAUAUGGAGUUGAGUAACAGAGCGUUACUUAGCUUAGAUUUUAAUUGACCCAGUUUCCCUGCAGUGAAAGAAUGUUUGGCUUGAGUUGCAAGCUGACCCUUGACAAAGUGGCCACCUGGUCCCGCUGGGUUUGGGUUUAUGCUGUGGGGUCACACCUGAACUAACUUGUAUUGGGGGCCAUCAUGUCUCAGCAGGAUAUGGAUAUGGGCCAGACAGUUUAAUGAUUAACAUGAGGAAAUUGGCGCACUGGAAUCCCAGACCAUAAUGAUUCCUUAUAAGGGAUGUAACUGACGAUGACAGAAUACAGCUCAAUGUAGUAGUGCAAAGCUAAAAUAAAUCAGUAAAUCAUAAAUUCCACUAAUAUAUUUUUCACAGUGAUUAACAUGUGGUCAACAUAUUUUUACUGCAAUUGUUUUUUAGUUUAGUCCACAUGAGUGUACUGUAAUGAUCAAUUAUUAACUUGUUAUAUUGACUACACUAAUAAACUCUUAGGACUAGAGGGAGGAGUUAGAAGAUGUUCUCAAAGUACAUUUAGGUUUUUCCUCUGAGAGGAUCAAGGAAAUUGCACAUCGAGAUGGCGCUUAACUGGCCCGGCCUGCUGUCAAUCGGGGUGUUCUACCUCAUCGUCCUCGCGACAGGCGUCUGGGCGUCCAGGAAGUCCAAACGCGAGGAGAGGAAGUGCACUGGAAACCUUAGUGAGGUUGCCAUGGUUGGAGGGCGGAACCUCAACAUCUGGGUCAGCAUCUUCACUACCACAGCUACAUGGGUGGGAGGAGGUUUCAUCUUAGGCAAUGCUGAGGUGGUCUACGACCCUAAAAGGGGCCUGGCUUGGGCCAUCGGACCAAUAGGCUUCGUCCUUAGCCUGGUUGUAGGUGCGUUGUUCUUUGUGAAACCGGUCCGAGAGAAGAAUUACGUCACCAUAAUGGAUCCGUUCCAGGAGAAGUAUGGAAACACGUUAACUGCUAUUCUCUUUGUUCCAUCACUCCUUGCUGACAUCUUCUGGAUAGCCUGUGUGCUCGCUGCAUUGGGGGGAACGGUGAGUGUGAUCAUGGAUAUCCCAUCACCCUUGGCUGUGGCCCUGUCUGCUGCCGUGGCAGUUCUCUACACAUUACUGGGAGGGCUGUACUCGGUGGCCUACACUGAUGUCAUCCAGCUCAUCUUCAUGUUCCUCAGUCUGUGGUUCUGUGUGCCCUUCAUACUGAUGAGCCCCGCCUCAACAGACAUUACAGUCACAGCGGUGACAAAACUGUAUCAGGAGCCAUGGACCGGCAGGCUGAAGUUGGCAGAUGCAGGGCGCUGGCUGGAUGACCUGCUACUGGUGACUCUAGGUGGAAUCUGUUACCAGGCCUUCUACCAGAGAGUCCUGGCCACAGCCACUGUGGCUCAGGCUCAGUUCACUUGCUAUGCUGCCUCUGUCUUCUGCUUCAUCCUCGCCAUACCACCUCUUCUCAUUGGUGCUGUGGCAGCAUCCACAGAUUGGAACCAGACCAGUUUUGGUCUACCUACUCCCUACGAGCAGGGCAAGGCGGGUAUGAUUCUGCCCAUCUCCCUGCGCUACCUGUGUCCACCUUUCGUCUCUCUUGCCGGAAUCGGCGCCAUUGCUGCUGCCGUGAUGUCAUCUAUUGACUCGGCCCUGCUGUCUUCUGCGUCCCUUUUUGCCCGAAACAUCUACAAAAACAUUUUCAGCAAAAGGGCCUCUGAGAAACAAAUUCUACGGGUUGUAAAGGUGUCCAUCCUACUGUUUGGUUUCAUGGGGGCGGGCUUGGCAAUGACGACCUCCUCUGUGUAUGUCUUCUGGAUUCUCAGUGGAGAUGUGAUGUACACGGUAGUGUGUGCACAGUUGAUCUGCGUCCUCUUUCUACCUGGGAAGGUCAAUGGGUAUGGUGCCUUGGCAGGCCUUGUGGUAGGGCUACUGCUGCGGCUACUAGUGGGAGAGCCCCUGCUUGGUGUGCCUGGACUCAUGCCCCUUCCCUGGGACAGCCUACACGAGGACGGGCGUCUGCUGCAUGUCUUCCCAUUCCGCACCGGCAUCAUGUUGGUCUCUCUGGCCACCAUCCUGGUUGUGUCACGUUUCGCAGCCUGCCUUUUCCUUAAAGGGCUACUGCCUGACAACUGGGAUGUAUAUGGACUUGGCCAAAAAAGGAGGAUUUUGAUGAAGGAUAUGGUAGCUAAGGAUCUGACUGAGAAGAUUGGACUGAACACAAGGCAGAUGGACCCAUCUCCUCAUGCGAGCACAGAAGAUAUGAGGUCUUUACAAUGACUUGGGGUUCCAUCAUGUAGAUAGUUACAGUGGGGCAAAAAAGUAUUUAGUCAGUCACCAAUUGUGAAAGUUCUCCCACUUAAAAAGAUGAGAGAGGUCUGUAAUUUUCAUCAUAGGUACACUUCAACUAUGACAAACAA